GAGAAACUGACUGAAGAGUCGCGUACUUCUUUAGGAAUGCUUAGAUACAUGAACAUGCUAGAAAAGCAAUUACAACCAAGAAAGAUGAAGUAAAAGAGGAAUCUCUCGCCCUUGCCGCGCUCGUCCAUGUCGUCCGGUCUUUGUUCGACGCACAGCACACGUCGUGUGCGAUUGCGUGUGGUGCCAAGAACUCGUCGUCCAGGCAUGUCGUCAGUUCCUGAGUGGACGAGGGAGAUAAGCUCAGCCCGUCGUUGCUUCGGAGCCGAAUAUUAGGUGGGGACCAGCGAGUGUUCAUCCGGAACAAGAAAAAGAUCGUCUUUUAGCAACUUCUACACCAGCUGAUUUUUAAGAAACAUCUCACCUCCUCAACAUCCAUGGAGCAGAAAGGAGGGUCGCACUCUUCCACGAGCCCGCGGCCGUGGCGGCCCCCGGGCCCGCGGGAGCCGCCGACCGAGCAGGAGCGGCCGGUGCUGGACAUGGCGCGGGCGGAGGGCGUGGUCCGCACAUCGGAAUCGAGCACCAUUGACCGGUUCGCGCAAAAGACCGAGCUCUUGCGGCGCCACUUUCCAAAGCACGCGUUUUCCAAGACCUUCGCGCGGCUGCAGGAGGCCGGUGCGGGCAUUGUGUCCGCGGCCGGGUCUGCAGGAGUCGGAGGCGGUGCGGUCCACGGGCACCAGCAGGGAGGUGGUGCAGCUUCAUCGCGGCCUAAAACGCCUGUCCUGCUGACGGGAAGUAGUAGAACAGCAAUUAUCGGAACAAGCGUCUCGGCGGGCGCGCUUGGCGAGGCUGUAAUCCUGUCGGAGGACGCCGCGCUACUCGCGAGCGAACUUCUUCCGGGCGGCGUGCGAGACGAUGGGGACGAGACAAAGCUGAACCGGGCCCAUUCCGACAUGAAAAUCGCAACCGGGACAAAAACGCCAGAAUGGUACUAUGGGGGACGACCUAGUUGUGAUCGUGAUGAUGUCGAGGAAAAAUGAUACGAUGUUUUUGCAAAUCCAUGAAUGAAAAUGAAUCCGAAUUUCGCCCUUUGGACUUAACUCGCUCCGCUUGUGCAAGUCUAAGUUGCAUCUAAAAAGCGCAUAUUGCAAUCUGUUAUCCGUAUUUUCACAUUUUGUUCCACAGGGUCAACGAAGAGAGGCGGUAUCUGCGGUUGCACGGCGAAAAGAAGGGCGACGUGAAUGCACGAGCCUUGGACCGCCGUCUCGACCAAUACAGCAUCGUGAAACCGGGUGGGCUACGGAAAGGGUAUAGAUGUAUCAUAUGGAUGAAUUCUUGGAGGUCAAUUCCAAACGUAACCGAAUUGAGAUUUAUUUUUAGGAGCAGUUUUAGGAGCAGUUAUCGUUGGUGUAAAAAGAGUCAAGUCCAUAAACAACACGUCCCAGUGUCCCGUCGAUGGAGGAAUUCGAAGCGAACUACGGACCCAGCGUCGAGGCGGCGCAGCGCGAGCGGCAGAUGCUGAUCAAGCAAAAAGCGUCCGCGAAGAAGGAGCAGGAGCGCGACGCCGGCACGGAGACGCUGGCUAUCCUGCUCGGGAAGAAGAAGGCGCAGUCGCCAACCAAGCAGAAGGCGACCAGCAGCGACCUGCUCGCAUCUCUCGGGGACGAGGAUUUCGAGGCCCAAAUGCUGUGCCGCCGGCUGGACGCGCGCGCGGAGCGCGAAAGCAGGGUCCCGAAGAACGUGCACACGCGCUAUCGAAAGGAAGAGGAACGGCGAAUUUUCCAGCGCAACAGCCCUACGCGCACCACGCGUCCGCCGCCCAGUCGCGAGCGAGCCAGCAAGGACCAAUUGGUACCGCCAAGUCCUCUUGUUCAUGCGGAGGGGAGUAGCAGUAAGCAUCUUCAAGGGGGUUCAACAUCCGGCGCUGCAGCGGGACCAUCUGUUGGGGAUCAACAUGCGGUCCAGUCCUCUUCGAUAAUAUUACCCGCUGAGUCCUCCGCGUCGGGAGCAGGAGCACAUGCUGCAACACAACCCGGCGAGACGAGUGUAGAAGAAGGCGCCGCUGCUCCGUCGAGCCCGGAACUACUGGCUGCAAACACGACCAGCAAUACCGACGGAACAGCCGCGACCUCGCCGGCGAAACGCAGGUGGACCAACGCGGUGGCGAAGCUGUCGAGCGAAAAGAAGUUGCAGACCAGCCACACCGCGCUGGCCGAGGCAGCGACGAUUUUGCUCGAGGACCCCAAUGUGAAGUUGCUGGACCCGGACGCGGACCUGAGCGGGCCCAUGGCGCAGUACAAGAAGCACUGCGACAAAAACGAACUGCCCCGGCUGGACCUGCAAAAAGUGUUCACAGAGGUCGAGAAGUACCGCAACCUGACGCUGAAGAACCUGGAGCUCUCCGUCCUGCACUGCCACAGCAUCUGCAAGGUGCUGGAGACCAGUAUCCAGUGCAAAAGAAUUAUCGUAUAUGCCAGUCUUGCAUUACCAUUAGGUAAUUCAAAUUCUGCAUGGUAAAUUUCAUGUUGAGCAAAUUUGUAAAUGCGAAUCACACUAGGGCGAUGCUUUUCCUUUUGCGGUGCAUAACCAUGCCGAGUGCGCAGUUUCUGUCCGUUACCAACUGCCUGAUCCCCGACAAGGGCAUCGAACUGCUGCUGAACACCUGUCUGGAGUCCCUCACGUCGCUGCACCUGGAAAACGUGAACCUGUCCCUGCAGAGCAUCCAGCUUUUGUAUAAAGCCCUGUACCCCCGGCGGCGGCACUGCGUCCUGCAACACUUGUUCCUUAAGGGGUGCGGCCUGGGCUCCGAGGACGAGAUCCCCGGGUACAAGGCCUGGGACUCCGACGACGAGGACCCGGACGAAUAUGACGAUUCGGAGGACGAGCGAAGGCGGCCACUAAACGAGGACGACUACCAUAACCGCGACGACGACGAGGAGGAGGAUUACUACGACGACGAGGGUCAUAACGACGACUACGUGGAGCGCACACCGGACACGUAUGUGGGCGGUGCUGGCGGUGGUGCACCUACAACUGCAGCCCUCGACGACGAGGAGAAUUUUCCGCCGCCGACGCUGCGGGGUGGUUCCGGUACAGACGCACUCACGCAGCAGUUGCGCGAGGAGGCGGCUGCGACCGGCGAGACGACGGCUUACACGGACAACGACCCCACGCGGCGGGAGAACAUUUUGCGGGAGGAGGACUCCCUCGCGGCCGAGGACAGCAUGCUCAGCGGACCCCUGUUCAGCGUGGAGGAGCACCCGGGCGGGGGAACAACAGCUGCAGCUGCACCGCAUGGUCCAAGUGCUGGCCCCGAUCCGGAGUCCACGCGGCGCGAGAUCAUGGGCUCGCGCGGGGGGUCCCGUGGCCACAGCCGGGGUGGCGGGAUAAACAGUCGGGGAAAAAUGGCCACCACCUACGAAGACCACGGGUUCGAUCCUCGGGGUGACAGUGACACCGUGGUUCCCAUCAGCCCCAUGCACGACGACCGGCGGUCGGCCGCCGCUUCCUCGCCCCGCCACCAGCAGCACGCGCGCAGCGCCGUGGCGGACUACGCGACGCGGCGGGAGAAGUCGGUGUUUCAGGGCCUCGGGGCGAAUUGCUACGAGGACCACCAGCUGGGGCGAUACUGGAUUGAGACGGUGGAGCAAGAGGAGGAGGAGGCGGAGCUACUCGACCGCGCGCGGGGGUACCAGGUGUCCGCGUCGCCUUCCAGUCGCACAGGGACGGACAGGCCCAACACGGGUGACCAGGCCGGGUCCGCCGCGACCACUGCGAACGACCCCAGCGAGGUGACCGCGUCGCGGCCGCUAUGCAAUACAAAUUUCAUCCCGUAUAUGUACGAGAUGCAUGACAAAUUUCACCACUUUGGAGUGAUGUAACACUUGUGAUGCUAAAGUAGGAUCGGAGCCAAGUUUUGUCUUGCAGAGACCGCGACGUUUGUAGUACGUGAACGGGGAUGAACCAUAAUUUCCUGUGGAUAGGCGCCCUCGCAGCAGGCGCCGACCGCCACGGUGCAGGUGGUGAACGCCACGUCGAAGUACCGACCCAACCCGAAGGACCCCUCGCAGCGCGCCAUGCCGCCCGCGGGCAGCAACCCUUCUGACGUGCCGGACGACGGCCGCUUUCUGAAGAAGCUCCACCAUCUGGGCGGCAUUCCGGAGGAGCCGCGGUCGCCGCUCGCGGCAAACGACCCGCGGGCGGAUGCGGAGUACAGCAAGUCGCCGCUGUUGGACUUUGCGAAGUCCCCGGAGUGCAAGAAGCUGCAGGCCGAGUCGCCCACCAAGGGUGUGGUGGUACCCACCACGCUCCCCAAGUACAAAAAGAAGUCGCAGAUCGAGGCGGGGGAUGUGCCCAAGCACCUGUUGGAAUCCGGAACCGGGGGAAGCCGGGUUCCCAGUCGACAGGGAACUUCGGGUACUACGCGUUUAUUUUCUUGCAUAACGUUAACUGCGCGCGCGCACCAUACAUGCUAGUUGUAGUUUGUUAGUGCAUGCAGGUCUCCAUGAACAUGGUCGAGAACAAAUGGUUUCUUCGAACGGAAUUAUGUGAUAAAGAAAAUUGAUUCCGUCUCCUACAAACACACAGCUUCCAGCCGCUCGGCUUCCACUCUGGCAGACAGGCGCGACGUCGUCGCGGGCGACGUGAACGUGCCCGGCGUCCGGCGGCACCGUUUGCACGAGGAGCCGAACCGCACGCGCGGCACGAAGCUUUGGGGCGAGCUUCGGCGGUACCUGCAGACGGCCAAGGGCAUGGGCAUCCGGCCGAACCUGGGUUGGAACGAGGACGAGUGGGGGGACGUGGGCGCGCCGCAGGACGGGGACUUUUCCAUGGUGCACCACUACACCGUGCGCAAGGACCGGGGUAAGCAGGACCUGGCGUUAGUUGCCACCCGCAACCAGCUGAAGAAGGAGCGCAAGUUCUACCGCGGCGUGCGGGUACGUGCCGUGCCGGACGGGUUCGGCAUGUUUUCGCACGCGCUGGACGUGCUGCGAGUCCGGAAGGACUGGAACGGCUACCCGCCGGACAUCUGGCACCGCGAGGAGGAGGAGGUGGAGCACCUGGAGGGCUACCCCGUGGUGAUGCCGGUGCUCGCGCUCUCCAUGGUCACGCACCUGAACACGCUGGACCUGACGGCCAACGUGCUCAGUCCGCGCGGGUGGUCGGUGUUCGAGCAGCUCCUGGGCCGCACCAAGUCGCUGGAGGUGCUGGUGCUGGACGAGACCGGUCUGUCGGACCUCUGCAUCCACCCGUUCUGCGCCGGGCUGCGGCACAACGUCUCGCUCAAGUCGCUUUCCAUGCGGUCGGUGAUGCUGCUGCGCGACGACAGUCUGAUUUUACUCCUCCAAACACUCGAGAAGCACCCGGCGCUCGUGUUCUGGAACUACUUGGACAACGGGUGGGGCGAGAAGAUGCUGGGCCUCACGUCCGAAGACGACGCGAAAACGGUCGCCACGGUGGUCCGGACCGCGGGUAGCUCCUCGACCGGCGGCUUCGCGAACACAACCUCCGGCGGAACGCUCAAGGACCCAAAUUCCACCUCGGACAUGUGGGCCACCACGAACCGCGGGUCGCACCACACGUCGUCCUCCCUCAGUCCGACCGAGCGCAACAAGUCGAAGCUAAACUCCGACGGCGGCGGGGCCGUCAAUAAAGUCGAGGAGGAACGACACACGGUGAUUGGGGCGUUUCGGAGUCUCCUCAACCGCGCGGUGCUCCUUAGUUGCAUCCACGCCAGUCUCCCGGAGUGCACGCUGCAGCAGAGUCUGCUGAAGGAACGCGGGUGGCACAACCACUUCAAGGAGCGCGGGACGGAGAACGUCGUGAUUUGGCGCGCGCUGUUUUGCCGGGACUUUUACCACUACCCCCGCACGCGGGUGGUUGCCGAGGCGGAGCGAAAGCAGCUCGCGGGCGUCGCUACGCGGGAGGCGCACUGGAUCCGGGGCGGGUACCGGGACCUGGUCACGAACGUGACGAACGCGACGGGCUUGUUGCAGUCCGCGGUAGUCGCGGCGGAGCAGGCUGAGGCGCACGCCCUGAUGAGUGGCACGACCGCGGGGAAGGACGCAACAGGAGGACCGCAGCAUCACAAUUCAACAGCUGGUGGAGGUGCACCAUCGAAGAUGAAAAAUACAUCAACAGCGGCCGCUGCGCACCACCACCAAGCCGACGCCGUGAAGACCACGAGUUCAUCUUCGCCGCACUCCCCGACGAGCGGUAUGCUGGGGAUCCCGGACUCGGGAAUCUUCGAGGCGGCGAACAAGGAUUUCUGCGUGUGGUACUGCGACGCACUGGAGGCGCCCGCGCCCCUGCUGACCGUGCCGCACUUGGAGGCGUGCAAGCAGUUUUUGCAAUCGCACGCCGCGGUGUCGUCGGAUUCCCUGUACACGCCGCCCUCUACCACCAGCACCGUCGGUUUUCCCCCCGAUCAUGCGGCAGCUGGUACCAUCAACAACUCCGGGGCGGGUAUCAGCACACGGGGGCGGAUGAUGAACAGCGCCUUCGCCGCGGCCAGUUCGACCACCGGUGCUGGAGGUGGUCCAGUUGUAGCUCUGACAGCCCAGCAACUUUCGGCAACAGGCGCGGCCAACACCACGACCUCCUUCACAGACGCCGGGACCAGCACGGCGACCUCGAACCUGGAGCAUCAGCGCGCCGUGGACUACUUUGAGACGUCGUACCAGACCAGCGGGUCGCGGCAGGGCCGCCGCGGGCGGGACGGCCGGCAGAAGCGGUCCACCAGCGUGGACUCGCAGACCGGGGCAGGAGACGGCACGAUGAACGCGACAAACAGCACGCUGCUUUCGAACAGCAACCCGAUGAACACGAGCUUUACCGCGUCGGGGAGCGGCACGAUAGGUGCUGGCGGAUUGAUGCAGAACCACACGACGAGUGCCGGCGCGCCGGGACAACUUCUCGGGGACGCGACUUCGCGGCACCGGGACUCCGCCUCCUCGCUGAACAGCUCGAUGCACUCCCUGAGCGUGAGUCCGAGUAAAAAGAAAUCCCGGCACGUCGUGACCAAGCGGCCGGGGAAGAGAAACGCGCCGCAGGACUACUUCAAAAACCGGCCGCCGCAGGUGACUAUGAAAUGCAAAUAUGUCUGGGUCUGGAAGGUUGCAACUUGUCAUGCUAAAUCUGAAGCAUGCAAAAAUCUGUGUUGCAUGAUUACCAAAAGUCGUCCAGUUUUGACCAAGUCCGGAGGGAGUUUCUCAUGCAGGAUAGGCAUGAGAGAGAGCGCGCAGAAUCUGUCAUGCUAGGCCCUGCAUUCCAGACCUCAUGGGUCAUGGAAAAGCAGGAUGACAAAUCGCGCACUCUUCCAGACCCAGACACUUUCGCAUUUCAUAAUGACCAAGCAGGAGCAAAUCGAGCGUAUCAUGGCCAAGCAGAACGAGAUAUCACACAGAAAAAAACUGGCAGGGCAUUUCUGUAAUGCAAAAAUAAAGACACAGAAAAACUUGUCAUGGGUGGCCCGGAGCAUGCUGUUUCGGAUAUGCAAUAGAGAUCUUUUUGUGUAUUUAUUUUCGCAUUACAAAGAGAAAGAUGCGCUGCCAGCUUUUUUCUGUUGGAUACGAGAAAAAGGAACAGGAAAAGCAGAAGGAACUGCUGAAGCAGCAGCAACUCUUACGCCAACAGCAGUCCUCCGCCCACAACCACAGUUUCGGGACCUUCGACCUGUCCUCAGAGUUGAGCACCCUGGCGCAGGACCCCAGUCUGGUCGGCGGUGCAGGAGAUAACAACUCGCCGCUUUUUAACAAAGAACAGGAGAACAAUUCGUUGCUUGCUGCGCCGACGCUUUUUUCCACCACGACCCAGAUGAACAAGAUGGACCAAACCACAACUUCGCUGGACCACAGCGUGCGGUCCGGGGCCACGGGGGACAGUUCCUCGGGCGUCCCGCUGGGGCAGCACAGCGACUUUCACGCGCUGGAGCGGCAGGUGGUACCACACCCGAUCCACUGCGCCAAACCGCACAACACGAUCAAGCUGAGCCGGUCCUGGGUGGCGGACCGCGUGCAGAUGCAGGAGUUCGUGUGGAACUUCCCCCGGUCGGGCAGCCAGAGCGGCCACUCGGUGCACCUCUGCGUAUCAAAUGCAAAUAUGUUGUCUGGAGGGUCUGGAAGAUUGCCUGCACCUUUCGCAUGACCCGUGAUGUCCGUGAUGCAUGCCCCAGCAUCAAAGAUUGAUGUUUUGCGGGGGGCAUCUUGAUGUCUAAACCGCAUGAGAAAUCAAUGCCCUCUCCACGGAGCAAAAACUGGACGCCUCUUGCUGCUCAUGCAAUACAGAUUUUUUUAGAUUCCAAAAAUCGCAUCACAAGUUGCAUUCUUCCAGACAUCAGACAUAUUUGCAGUGCAUACUGCGCCUCGUUCUACGACUACUGCAUCGUGCCGAUGAACCUGGUCCUCCAGACGAACCGCAAUCACGUUUUCCGGGUGGGUUGCCGGGUGCCCAGCUACUGCGAAUUCGUCUACUACUUCUUCUACGACCCGGCGACGCGGAAGAUGUUCCACGCGCAGGACCAGCCGCACCUGAAGAUUCGCAACAAGGGCAAGUGGUACCGGGAGUACUUUUUGAAGUCCGUGUCCAAAGCCUCGGAGGCGAACCUGGAAAAGCCCUCGAACGCGCCCGGGGGGAUGGCGGAAAACGUCACGUCGAUCGAGUUAUCAAAUGUAAAACUGUCUGGGUCUGGAAGAAUGCAAGACUUGUAAUGCUGAACUCGCAUACUCCCAAACUCUGUAAUGCGUGUUGCGGAAUAGCGCUGCUUCUGUGUCAUGCAAAAACGCAGUUUCUCAUGCGUGUUGCACACCACAGGACCGUUGAAAAAUCUGUCAUGCUAGGCUGCAUACUCUAGUCAUUUUUUCAUUCGUGUAUGAGCAUGACAAGUUUCCAGACCCAGACAUAUUUGCAUUUGAUACGAGUCGAUCUUCGGCCUCUUCGACAUCGACGACGAUAUGCCCGACUUCGUAAACUACCGCCGAAUCCACCACUUCCACUACCCCACCGCGAGCCCCGUGGCGCAGGUGCAGCUGCACCACCGGGCGCCGAUGAUCGGGGAAGUUCACGACAAGUCGCUGGAGCAUUUCCAGCGCGAGUACGUGGACGAUGAGGAACAUGACCGGCUCGACGAAUGCUACGACUACGACAUGAAAAAGAUCUCGCUCGAAGGGAUCUGCGGCGAAAACGAGGAGAAAUUGUAUCAAAUGUAAAAAUGUCUGGGUCUGGAAGAAUGCGAACUUGUGAUGCGUGUUGCGGAUCAUACAAAAAUCUGUGUUGCAUGACUUGCACAAGGUCCGCACUUCUGGCCAUGCGGAGAGGACAUUUCUCAUGCAGAAUUAAUAGGCAUUACCAAGGGGCUGCAGAACGUGUGAUGCUACUCCCUGCAUUCCAGACCUGGCGGAGCUUUGAGAAACUGCGUGACAAAUCCCGGAAUCUUCCAGACCCAGACAUUUUUGCAUUUGAUAAACUGUUCCGGAAAACCAUCAAGAAACACUACCUGGAGCUCUACCAGAGCUACGGUAUAAAUCAUGCAGUUCUGUAUGACAAUGAUUUCGCUAGAUUUAGAUUUUGUUUUUUUGGUUUCGUUUAUUUCUGAUGAAGAUGGUCGCCUUCUUUUUGAUGUCACUCAACACAUGGCACAACUGCGAUAACCAGCUCCUUGCAUGUACAUAGAGCCAUGAAAAUGAAGAAAUGCGCCGGUCGUGUGUUGAGCAUGACUCCCAUUCCGGAGAUUGAAAAUUAUACAAUUCGUCAUUAUAACAGCGCUCCUGACGGGCGGCGAGCUGUACGUGCGGUCCGUCGACGUGAUGGCUUUUUUUGACGAGAUGGUGAGUGCGGAGGUUUCCUCCCUGGAACUGAUGAAGUUCAUCGAGUCCGUCGGGCACUCGGCCGUCCGCUUUUUCCGCCACGAGUUCGUGCAUCUCUGUCUCCUCGUGGGGAUCACCCUGUACCCCCAGCCGAGCACCAAGGACGCGCCGAAGUCGCUGACACUGUUGGUCGAAAAGAGGUUGCGGAAGGCCAUUGGGUACCCACUCAACCCGUUCAGCAAAAGCGUCAUGCAGAACCCCAUCGUGAACAAAAUGACCUACGAUUGCAUGGACAUUCUCAAGGACGCGUACUAUCGAGUUUGGUUUUUACGUGUUUUACUUUUCCUCAAGGUUCUUGUGUUGCACGACAACGACUUGCAGCUAAUCAUAAUCGAUCAUACCUUGCAAAACACGACAGACAAGGACAAAUGUAAGUACGUGGAACCCAAACACGACCUUGUCACAUGUUAAUAAAUCAGGUAUCUGCGGUACGGCACGCACAAGGCGGGUUUUAUGCAGCUGAUCUACAUCCUGCGCAUUAACGACCGAAAUUUCACCGCGCGGCACCUCGCGUGCAUUUUUGCCCUGGCGCAGAAGUACAAGCCGCGGGCGUGCGAGCAAACUGAGCAUGAGUGCACGCGGAUGACCUACCCCGAGUUCUGCGAGGCCAUCGUGCGCAUCGCGGCGGGCGGGCUGCCGCAGGAGGAGAAGCGGUACCGGGGACAGAACCUGUCCCUGUUCCCGCCGAAGUUGGUCAAGGUUUCGCGGGAGUUCUGCGUGCGGAUUCAGACCAAAAUUCGGGAAAACAUUCGCAGGAUGAACCAAUACAAGAUCGGCUAGUUUUUGUUUGUGGCACCUGCAGUCUGGGUUUGUCCCGUCUCGUCUCCGGAACUCCUUUUUUGCUACUUCAUUUUGCACUUAUUACACGACGACCUAGGCGCCGACUCUAGGCGUUCUUCGUUCUAGGCUGCAUGCCUGUGUACCAACGUUCGUAUCUUCCCAUUACAACAAGAACCCCGUUUCGCGUUUCGCUAUCGUUUCGCUGUUUGAAGCAUUGUCCAACUUUUACGUAAAGCUAAAGAGAUUAGGUGACGAAAUUAGCAUUAGGUGAGAAACAACAUUGUGUCCAUUGACGCAAUAAAGUACUAGAACUGUUAUGAUUAGGUGACAAAAUAUCAAUGACAGGAGCUUAAGGUUUAUUCCCGGAGAGGGAACGAGCCUUCAAGUCUCGACGCACUUGAUUCGGUGACUCCAAUUAUUGACGAAUUUUCGAAAAGGUUCGCUUCUUUUCGCCCCUGAAAAUAAUGGUGAUUCUUGUACGAUGUAUUAUUCCCUGUGAACUGCGAUUUGCACUUGACGGUGAAGAGAGUUUAAAAGUUCUUGAUUUCGAUUUUAAGCCAGAAAAGAU